CGGUGUUACCGCGUUCUACUCUAGCUUCGUGACGCAUCCUCGCGUGUACUUUUACACUACAUCUACCCCUACACGAUUUCUAUGGAGAACCGUGUCAGCCUUGCAACCGCUACGCCGGAGAGUCGGAUCACCCGGGAGGAGCAUCCUCAGCUCUACUUUGCUGGUGGGGACAUCGUUCUCCAAGCCAAGCUCCCGUCGGAUGCAGAUAACCCCAGGUUCCAAAUGUACUGCGUUCACAAGGCUAUAUUGGGCUUUCACUCCGUGGUCUUCUCCAACCUCUUCGCCGACGGUUCGGUGAACCUCGAGUCGAUCUACGACGGCCGCCCUCUUGUGGAGAUGCUUGACGAUGCGGACGACCUGUCACACCUUCUUCUCUUCAUCUAUAAGCCUUCUGACUAUCUCAUGAGGUCUUCUCACCCGGACACCCCGAUCGAGCUGAGGGGCGCCGUCCGACUCGCGCACAAGUACUUGCUUGACGACGUCCGGUAUGACAUGAUUCGUAGAGUCACAAUGGACUGGCCUGUGACCCUCGACGACUGGGACAUCCGCGAGGGCGAACGCGAGGGCCUUGUGCGCUUAUGGCGUGCCCAAUACCCAAACGCCAGCAGUCACUUCGCCACCCAACGCGCCCUAGCCCAACGAACACUCGACCCCGUUUCCGCCAUCGUUUUCGCGCAAGAGAAUGGCUGCACCGAGAUCUUGCCGGCCGCCUUCUACCGUCUUGCGUCCAUCGACAUCAGUGCCGAGUGGCAACUUGGCUGUUAUCUAUCCGCCGAACCUCUAUGCGCCAGGUGGUCGCUCUGCGACAAGGACAACCUCGUCCGCUACAUCAAGGGACGACAGGCCUUGGAAGGGUACCACCAUGCGGUUGCCCGACAAAUGGCUGCGGGCGAGAUGCUGAGCGAGAACUGUCUUCCGUGGUGGAUCAUCGACCCGCCUAGUCCCGCCUUGGAUGACGACCUUUUUGAAGAGUAUACGAGGGACGCACCGUGCUUUCACUUCAUCUGGAACCUCCGAGAGCUCGCAUGGGGCACCCAGCCUUCGUACGACCCGCUCGCGGCGCUGUCUAGACUUUGGGAAGCCGAACGGGCUCCUUCGGAGAAGCUGAAAGGGAGGUGUCCGGAUGGACUAUGCUACGAGUGUAAGGAUGCCCUUCGAAAAUGGACUCGCAGCGCGCGCGAGGGGCUUUGGGAGCGCCUCCCGAACUACUUCCAACUUCAGUAGAUCCCUCCGGUGAGUCCCAAGCUGCGGGAGGCUGUCGCACUAGAGUCUCAAACGAGUAUUACAGACGUACUUGUAACGACACCCUUCCCUUAGCUUACCAUCUCUCGCCGUUGAUUUUAGGCUUUCGUUCGCUUCCGAUUCGCAAGCCCGUGUGAUGUAGCGGCUUC